AUGGGGCCCGAUGAGCUCUGAGAGUCGCGGCGGCAGCAAUCAGCCCUGGAGAUGACCAGGGGUGGCCACUGCUGAGAACUAUGUGGAGAGAGGCUGCGAGCCCUGCUGCAGAGCCUCCGGCUGGGAUAGCCGCCCCCCGUGGGGGUGAUGCGGACAGCGCGGGACAGCCAGGGGAGCGCGCGGGGGCCGCAGCAUGCGGGAACCCGCUAAACCUGGUGGCUGCUGAGGCGGCCGAGAUGCUCGUGCGCGCAGCACGCCCCAUUGCAUCCUCCACCUUCUCCGGCUACAGGGACCCUAAGUGGCGACAAUGGGCAGACUGGGCUACUGGACCUUGCUGGUAUUGCCAGCCCUUCUGGUUUGGCGCGGUCCGGCGCAGAACGCGGCGGCGGAGAAGGGUCCUCCAGCACUGAACAUUGCGGUGCUGCUGGGUCACAGCCACGACGUGACAGAACGCGAACUUCGAAAUCUGUGGGGCCCGGAGCAGGCAACCGGCUUGCCCCUGGAUGUGAACGUGGUGGCAUUAUUGAUGAACCGCACUGACCCUAAGAGCCUCAUCACACAUGUGUGCGACCUCAUGUCUGGGGCGCGCAUCCACGGCUUGGUGUUUGGAGAUGAUACAGACCAGGAGGCUGUGGCUCAGAUGCUGGAUUUUAUCUCCUCACAGACUUUCAUUCCCAUUUUGGGCAUUCAUGGGGGUGCAUCUAUGAUCAUGGCUGACAAGGAUCCGACAUCCACGUUCUUCCAAUUUGGAGCAUCAAUCCAGCAGCAAGCCACGGUUAUGCUGAAGAUCAUGCAGGAUUAUGACUGGCAUGUCUUCUCCCUGGUCACCACCAUCUUCCCUGGCUACAGAGACUUCAUCAGCUUCAUCAAGACAACAGUAGACAACAGCUUUGUGGGCUGGGACAUGCAGAACGUGAUCACACUGGACACCUCCUUCGAGGAUGCCAAGACACAGGUCCAGCUGAAGAAGAUCCAUUCUUCUGUCAUCCUCCUCUACUGCUCCAAGGAUGAGGCUGUCCUCAUCCUGAGCGAAGCUCGCUCCCUCGGCCUCACGGGCUAUGAUUUCUUCUGGAUCGUCCCUAGUUUGGUCUCUGGGAACACAGAGCUCAUCCCCAAAGAGUUUCCAUCAGGUCUCAUUUCAGUCUCUUAUGACGACUGGGACUACAGCCUGGAGGCGAGAGUGAGAGACGGUCUUGGGAUCUUAACCACUGCCGCAUCUUCCAUGUUGGAGAAAUUCUCCUACAUUCCUGAGGCCAAGGCCAGCUGCUACGGGCAGACCGAGAAGCCAGAGACCCCACUACACACUCUGCACCAAUUUAUGGUCAAUGUGACUUGGGAUGGCAAGGACUUGUCCUUCACUGAGGAAGGCUAUCAGGUGCACCCCAGGCUUGUGGUGAUCGUGCUGAACAAGGAUCGGGAGUGGGAAAAGGUGGGCAAGUGGGAGAACCAGACCCUGAGCCUGAGGCAUGCUGUGUGGCCGAGGUACAAGUCCUUUUCUGACUGCGAGCCAGAUGACAACCACCUCAGCAUUGUCACCUUAGAGGAAGCCCCCUUCGUCAUCGUAGAAGACAUAGACCCGCUGACUGAGACCUGCGUGAGGAAUACGGUACCCUGUCGGAAGUUCGUCAAGAUCAACAACUCAACCAACGAAGGGAUGAAUGUGAAGAAGUGCUGCAAGGGAUUCUGCAUCGACAUCCUCAAGAAGCUGUCCAGAACUGUGAAGUUCACCUAUGACCUCUACCUGGUGACCAAUGGGAAGCAUGGGAAAAAGGUUAACAACGUGUGGAAUGGAAUGAUAGGUGAAGUGGUCUAUCAACGAGCAGUCAUGGCCGUGGGCUCCCUCACCAUCAAUGAGGAGCGUUCGGAAGUGGUAGACUUCUCAGUGCCCUUUGUGGAGACAGGAAUCAGCGUCAUGGUCUCCAGGAGUAAUGGCACUGUCUCCCCUUCUGCUUUCCUUGAGCCCUUCAGUGCCUCUGUCUGGGUGAUGAUGUUCGUGAUGCUGCUCAUCGUCUCUGCCAUUGCUGUCUUCGUUUUUGAAUAUUUCAGUCCUGUUGGCUACAACAGAAACUUAGCCAAAGGGAAAGCUCCCCACGGGCCAUCUUUUACUAUUGGAAAGGCUAUAUGGCUCCUCUGGGGCCUGGUCUUCAACAAUUCUGUGCCUGUUCAGAAUCCCAAAGGCACAACCAGCAAGAUCAUGGUGUCAGUGUGGGCCUUCUUUGCCGUCAUCUUCCUGGCGAGUUACACAGCCAACCUGGCUGCCUUCAUGAUCCAGGAGGAGUUUGUGGACCAAGUGACUGGCCUCAGUGACAAGAAGUUCCAGAGACCUCAUGACUAUUCUCCGCCUUUCCGAUUUGGGACAGUACCCAAUGGAAGUACAGAGAGGAAUAUUCGUAACAAUUACCCCUACAUGCACCAGUACAUGACCAAAUUCAACCAGAGGGGAGUAGAGGACGCCUUGGUCAGCUUGAAAACUGGGAAGUUGGACGCUUUCAUCUAUGACGCAGCUGUCUUGAACUACAAGGCCGGGAGGGAUGAAGGCUGUAAACUGGUGACCAUUGGGAGUGGGUACAUCUUUGCCACCACGGGCUAUGGAAUUGCUCUGCAGAAGGGCUCACCCUGGAAGAGGCAGAUUGACCUCGCUCUGCUCCAGUUUGUUGGUGAUGGAGAGAUGGAGGAGCUGGAGACACUGUGGCUUACUGGCAUCUGCCACAACGAGAAGAAUGAGGUGAUGAGCAGCCAGCUGGACAUCGAUAACAUGGCAGGUGUGUUCUACAUGCUGGCUGCAGCUAUGGCCCUCAGCCUCAUCACCUUCAUCUGGGAGCACCUCUUCUACUGGAAGCUGCGCUUCUGCUUCACAGGCGUGUGUUCUGACCGGCCCGGCCUGCUCUUCUCUAUCAGCAGGGGCAUCUACAGUUGCAUCCAUGGGGUGCACAUUGAAGAAAAGAAGAAGUCUCCAGACUUUAAUCUGACUGGGUCACAGAGCAACAUGCUAAAGCUUCUUCGGUCAGCUAAAAACAUCUCCAACAUGUCCAACAUGAACUCCUCAAGAAUGGACUCACCCAAAAGAGCUACUGACUUCAUCCAAAGAGGGUCGCUUAUUGUGGACAUGGUUUCAGACAAGGGAAAUUUGAUAUAUUCAGACAACAGGUCCUUUCAAGGGAAGGACAGUAUAUUUGGAGACAACAUGAAUGAACUCCAAACAUUUGUGGCCAACAGGCACAAGGAUAAUCUCAGUAACUAUGUGUUUCAAGGACAGCAUCCUCUCACUCUCAAUGAGUCCAACCCUAACACAGUGGAGGUGGCUGUCAGCACUGAAUCCAAAGGGAACUCCCGACCCCGGCAGCUUUGGAAGAAAUCCAUGGAGUCUCUACGCCAGGAUUCUCUAAACCAGAACCCAGUCUCCCAGAGGGAUGAGAAGACUACAGAGAAUAGGACCCACUCCCUAAAGAGUCCUAGGUAUCUUCCAGAAGAGGUAGCCCACUCUGAUAUUUCUGAAACCUCAAGCCGGGCCACAUGCCACAGGGAGCCAGAUAAUAAUAAGAACCAUAAAACCAAGGAUAACUUCAAAAAGUCAAUGGCCUCUAAAUACCCCAAGGACUGUAGUGAGGUUGAACGAACCUACAUGAAAACCAAAGCAAGUUCUCCCAGGGAUAAGAUCUAUACCAUCGAUGGUGAGAAGGAGCCCAGCUUCCACUUAGAUCCUCCACAGUUCGUUGAGAACAUAGCCCUGCCUGAGAAUGUGGGCUUCCCAGAUACCUACCAAGAUCACAAUGAGAACUUCCGCAAGGGGGACUCCACACUGCCCAUGAACAGGAACACACUACACAAUGAAGACGGGCUUCCCAACAAUGACCAGUAUAAACUCUAUGCCAAGCACUUUACCUUGAAAGACAAGGGCUCCCCACAUAGUGAGGGGAGUGAUCGAUACAGGCAGAACUCCACACAUUGCAGAAGCUGCCUUUCAAACCUGCCCACCUACUCAGGCCACUUUACCAUGAGGUCUCCUUUCAAGUGUGAUGCCUGUCUGCGCAUGGGGAACCUCUAUGACAUUGAUGAAGACCAGAUGCUUCAGGAGACAGGUAACCCAGCUACUCGGGAGGAGGUCUACCAGCAGGACUGGUCACAGAACAACGCCCUCCAGUUCCAGAAGAACAAGCUAAGGAUUAACCGACAGCACUCCUAUGAUAACAUUCUCGACAAACCCAGGGAGAUAGACCUUAGCCGGCCCUCCCGGAGCAUAAGCCUCAAGGAUAGGGAACGGCUACUGGAGGGCAACUUAUAUGGGAGCCUGUUCAGUGUCCCCUCAAGCAAACUCUUGGGGAACAAAAGCUCCCUUUUCCCCCAAGGUCUGGAGGACAGCAAGAGGAGCAAGUCUCUCUUGCCAGACCACACCUCCGAUAAUCCUUUCCUUCACACGUAUGGGGAUGAUCAACGCCUAGUUAUUGGGAGAUGUCCCUCGGACCCUUACAAACACUCACUGCCAUCACAGGCAGUAAAUGACAGCUAUCUUCGGUCAUCCUUGAGGUCAACAGCAUCAUAUUGCUCCAGGGACAGUCGGGGCCACAGCGAUGUGUAUAUUUCAGAGCAUGUUAUGCCUUAUGCUGCAAAUAAGAAUAACAUGUACUCUACCCCCAGGGUUUUAAAUUCCUGCAGCAAUAGACGUGUGUACAAGAAAAUGCCUAGUAUCGAAUCUGAUGUCUAAGAUCUUCCAUCAGUGUUUAUCUAUAAGGAAACAUAGAAUGGCCAACAUUGAGGGUAAUUGUUGGAUGUCCGAUAGCACCCUAGUAGGAGGAAGAGUGUAUAGGGAGGUUCUUUUUUUGUUGGCUCUUUUGCACAUGGCUCCAUGCCAUAAUCUUCCACUCAAGGAAUCUUGUGAGGUAUGUGCUGAGCACAGAACAUACCAGAUAGGUGAAUCCUUAACCAAAAACAAAUGAAUACAUAUGGGCAAGUCUCCCAGACAUGGCGACUGGGUAUGGCGGCAAUAAUGGUGCAUCAGACAGCGAUGGUGAUAUUGUGGUUGCCUAUAUUCCAAAUUCCAUGAAGAUCAACCCACCAUGUAACUUUCCCAUCAGAAAUGCCUCACUGUUUCUCUAAUACAGAAUAAGCAAUAUGGUAUGCAUGUAAGUCUGACACAGACAAUAAGACAGUUAAGAAUGCAUCUGCACUGUAGUAAGAUUGACCUGUGCAAGGAUUAAGAAGUUUGGCUUGUAACAGUUCUCAGCUUUCUUGUUAUGCCUUCCAUUACAACCCUGGAUCAGCCCCCCCUAAACUCCAGGUUCUCCCCCCCCCCAAAGAAUAGCAAAUCAGUGUGUUUGUGGUACCUAUGCUACUUUCCUUGUAGUCUUCCCCCCAAGACACACCUGGAACAAAUAGCCACAGGGACUCUCAGGUGGAGAACUGUAAGAAUCUCUUUGGAUGUUAAUGUGUGUGUAUCUCUCACCCUCAGCUUCAGUGGUCUUGUUCGGAGCUACAUAAACACUUUUAUGUCUUCGAUAUCUAAGUGUGGAUCUUCUGUCUAUGACAUAGUGGUUAUCUUGAAGACUCUUAUGUACGUAAGUUUGCAUCCCUCCCUUCUGGUGAUGACUCAGGGCUGUAUAGUAUCUCUUACCCAAUCCCUCCCAGAGUAAUCGUAACUUGUUCUGUCCCCAGACAGCCAUGAUGGUGUCUAAUUAGCUGUGUGUUGUGUCCCUAGAGUUGUUAAUGUGGUGACAUGUGCCAGCAGCCAUGUGUCAUCUGUAAGAAGUACCAUGCCAUCUGUGUGCCCAAGGCUAGCAUGGUUUUACAUUUAUGUCCCUUAAUGUCAGGAAACUCUAUUAGACACUUAUUUCUAUAUAAACCUCCUCAAAUCAAAAAGCCUUCAAACAUCAGCCACUUGUGCAUCUCCCCCAGAGCACCCUCCAAACUGUGGAUAAACUCAGUCAAGGGAUUUCUCUCCUCUGAAAUGUGCACCUUCUUGGAGGUGAGCCUCUUUUCUUCCCCAGCACCAACAGAAACUGAUGAGAAGUCUUCAAUGCAUUUGUCAUUCUUGAGCUGCCUGCAUUGUCCUGUUCUUGGCCCACUAAGCCUGUGCAUAUAUGAUAGAACAGAUAUUCAUUAGUUUUUAAAAAUUGGAGCCAGUGAGGGGAAUAUUCGUGCAUGUAAAAUUUCUUAGCACA